GCUGCAUAGCCCUCGUCACGUACGCCUCGAUAGAAAAACGACUCCACGUGCUGCAAACAAAUGGGCUGGAGUGCACACCUCCCUCCCAGACUCCCAUCACUAUGCCUAGCUAGCUGGCUGGCUGGUUCCAUUGCGAGUCACGAGUGAAGCAGCAUGGAGAGCCAGAGCGCCGUCCCGCUCAUCUCGGAGCUCCCGCUGCCGGAGAAGAGGGGAGGAGGCAAGGUCCCGGGACGGCUGGCGAAGGAGGUAUGGGAGGAGUCCAAGAAGCUGUGGGACGUCGUCGGCCCGGCCGUGUUCAUGAGGCUGGUGAUCUACAGCAUGAACAUCGUCAGCCAGGCCUUCGUCGGCCACCUCGGCGACCGCGACCUCGCCGCCUUCUCCAUCGCCAACACCGUCGUCGACGGCCUCAACUUCGGCUUCUUGUUUGGUAUGGCGAGUGCACUGGAGACGCUCUGCGGCCAAGCCUACGGUGCAAGGCAGUACCCCAUGCUGGGCAUCUACCUGCAGCGCUCGUGGCUCAUUCUUCUGGCCUUCGCGGUGCUCCUUGCUCCGACAUACGUCUUCAGCGGGCAACUGCUCGCCGCUUUGGGCCAACCCACCGAGCUAGCGCGUGAGGCAGGCUUGGUCAGCCUUUACAUGCUCCCGUCGCUCUUCAUGUAUGCCAUCCUCCUGCCAGUCAUCACGUUCCUGCAAUGCCAACUCAAGAACCGGGUCACCGCGGUAGCUACGGCGGUGGUGUUCCCAGUGCACGUAGCGGCGACCUGGCUGCUGGUGCACUAUUUCGGGCUCGGCGUCUUGGGCGCGGCGUUGGCGUUCAACCUGUCCUGGGUGCUCUACGCAGUGUUACAGCUCGCGUACGCCCUCGGCGGCGGGUGCCCGGAGACGUGGAGUGGGUUCUCGGCGUCGGCGUUCGCGUUCGUGGACUUGAAGGAGUUUGUUAAGUUGUCCGCAUCGUCGGGUGUCAUGGUGUGCUUGGAGAAUUGGUACUACCGGAUAUUGAUUUUCCUCACGGGUUACAUGAAGAACGCCGAACUUGCUGUGGAUGCACUGUCUAUCUGUAUGAGUUUGUCAGGAUGGGAGAUGAUGAUUCAUUUGGGAUUCUUAGCAGGCACUGGGGUGAGGGUAGCUAAUGAGCUCGGCGCGGCCAAUGGACAAGGCGCAAGGUUUGCGGCGUUCGUGUCGACGACGACAUCCUUUUUUAUCAGCCUCUUCUUCAGUCUGCUGACAUUGAUUUUUCACGACAAACUCGCGAUAAUCUUCUCAUCGAGUGAGGCUGUAAUAGAUGCCGUGGAUGACAUUUCCGUUCUUCUGGCCCUCACUAUCCUCCUCAAUGGAGUCCAACCUGUGCUCUCCGGAGUUGCUGUUGGUUCGGGUUGGCAAGCUCUGGUUGCUUACGUGAACAUUGGAAGUUAUUACUUGAUCGGUAUUCCUUUCGGUGUUCUGCUAGGAUGGCCUUUCCACUAUGGGGUCUAUGGAGUCUGGGUUGGAAUGAUUUGUGGCACAACCAUGCAAACUCUAAUUCUGGCGUGGAUCACCCUGCGUUGUGAUUGGAGUGAGGAGGCACUGAAAGCUAGUAACAGAAUUCGGCAAUGGGGUAGCACGUAGCACCAAGUGAGCUUACACACUUAGUUACAACCUGUAGGCUCUAGACUGUAGGUUACUCCAUCCAGUCACAAAUAAGUGAUAUGUUGGAUGGUAUGCCUCGACUCGCUUCACCUCUCAGUGCUAUCUCUGUCCCAAACCAAAUUCUCUGGUACACAUUCCCUGCUCAAUCGAUAGACUGCUGGUAGCUUUUGACAGACAGGUUGUAGCCUAGGUUCCCUAAGCUUCAAUGAAUUUUAUCUUUUUUUGUUUCUCCUGUAAAAAUCAUGUUUUGAUCUGAAAUUUGGUGGAGUGGUUGAAGAUAGCAUACUCUAUACUACCUAAUUGUUUCAGAGUUUUUCAUGACUGUUUAAUUCGUUAGUCUGUUGAUAUUGAUUUUUCACGACAAACUCGCGAUAAUCAUCUCGUCGAGUGAGGCUGUGAUCGAUGCAGUGGACGACAUUUCCAUUCUGCUGGCCCUCACUAUCCUUCUCAAUGGAGUCCAACCCGUGCUCUCUGGUACGUCCCACGAAAUGCAAUACGUGGUGUUGUAAUGUAAGAUGGUGACCUAUUUCUUCACUGUGUUUUCCUCUCUCAUUUUCCUUCAAUUGAUAGUCAUAAUUCCUUGAUUGUUACAUUUGCGGGACUUGCUAUUGGUUCAGGGUGGCAAGCACUUGUUGCUUACGUGAACAUUGGAAGUUACUACUUGAUCAGUAUUCUUUUUGGUGUUCUGCUAGGAUGGUAUUUCGACUUAUGGGGUCCAUGUAUGCCUCUGCAGAAAACACAUUGCUGAACAACUUGAUAUUUAUAUGUGUUCUGUACUUAUUUAGUUUGCCAUCAAUCAUUUUUGUCACUUUUGUAGUGGUUGCCACAUGUGCUAAAUUAUUUGAAUUUUGCAGGCACUGAAAGCUAGUAACAGAAUGCGGCAAUGUAGCAGCACCGAGCUUGUCAGCUUGAAGCCUGAACGACAGCACACUUAGUUACUAACCUGUAGGCUAUAGGCUGUAGCUUACUCUAUCCAAUCGUAAAUAAAUGGUGAUUUGGGUUAUGUGUGUGGUGUGCCUGGAUUCGCUGCUCUUCGUGCUAUCUCUAUUCCCAAAUCUAAUUCUCUGAUAACAAUUCCCUGUUUAAUCCCAAUCUAGAGCUCUUCUCGUCCUUACUUCCCGUUCUCCAAAAGGAAUCCCCGUAUACAUGUACCCCCAAUGUUAUGCUAGUAUCGGAUUUUUCUUUCUUAUUUGGACAAGCUGGGCCUCUAGCCCGCAUGUGAGCAUUAUGGACUCCAUUAGAUGGACUAAAAAGCACACAUAAUGUCAAUUCUUUGACUCUGUCCAAGCGUCCUCAAUCAACAACUCCCGUUUGUCAGAGUAAGGGUGUAUUUAGUUGUUUGAACGAAGUCGAAUGUGAUAAGAUCAUUUUAGAUGG